AACAAGUUAUUCUUCGCUGAUUUUCGAGGUGGUAGCAACUUGGUGAACGCAAUCAAACAUUAAACAUGGUGUCGAUAUCUCUACAAGACCCUGUGGUCCAAUCGUACAUGGUGUACUCCGCGAUUUUGGCUAUAAAAAUGUUUGCAGUAACUUUUCUGACUGCGAAAGUACGGACCUCAAAGAAGGUAUUUGCUAACGAGGAGGAUGCGAAAAACUAUAACGGACAAGUGAAGCUCAACGAUCCAGAUGUGGAGCGAGUGAGGCGAGCUCAUCUCAACGACCUGGAGAACAUCCCAGCGUUCUGGGUGCUGGGCGCGCUGUACCUGACCACGGGACCGUCAGCCUUCCUCGCCACAAUGCUGUUCAGACUUUUCACCGCGGGCAGGAUCGCGCACACAGUUUUUUACGCCAUUUUCCAGUCACCAGCGCGCGGACUUGGAUUUGCCUCGGCAUUUCUUAUAAACAUCUACAUGGGACUUCAAGUAAUACUGUAUUAUAUUAGUGCCCUGUGAGUACGGAAAUAUGUUUGCAAUAAUACGAGUAAGACUGUUGAUGAGUGAUUAACUAAGUUUAUUUAAAUAAAAUGUAGUUUCGUGUACAA